AUGAGUGCAAUAAUUCAAAUGCGUGGUUCAAACGGUGAUUUCAUACAAGCUCGUGCUUUACUUGAUACUUGCGCAACUGCUAAUUUUGUAACUGAAAAUUUUGCUUCUAAAUUAAAAUUACCAAUGAAAAUUUGUUCUAUUCCAAUUGGAGCAGUUAAUGGAAUGCAAACUUAUUCUAAACAUAUGGUGCAAAUAUCUUGUAAAUCUUUAGAUAACAAUUAUCAAAAGUCAUUAUCAUUUUUAACUGUUAAUCAAAUUUCGGACUUCAGUCCAAGUGAAACAUUUCCUCGUAACAUGAUUCAGAUUAAAAAGAAUAUCAAAUUAGCUGAUCCUCAAUUUCAUAUUCCUCGAAUGGUCGAUGUUUUGAUAGGAUCCGGAACAACUUUAUCUUUAUUAUCAAUCGGUCAGAUUAAUCUUUCUCAUGAUGGUUGUGAUUUAAUUUUACAAAAAACACAACUAGGAUGGGUUAUAGCCGGAGGAAUCAACAAUAAUAACAAAAUAAAAUCGGUAUCUUGUAAACUUACUGAUUUAUCAAAUCAAUUAACUAAAUUUUGGGUAAUUGAAGAUGUAGGUACAAAAAAUUCUAAGACUUUAGAUGAUUCUAUGAGUGAACAGUAUUAUCAACGUGAUACUACUCGUAACUCAGACGGACGAUACGUAGUAAAACUACCUUUCCGUGUUGAAAAUGUUGAUUUUGGGAAUUCAAAGAGUAAGGCUUAUAGACAAUUCUUAUCCUUGCAAAGAAGAUUAAAUUCUGACGCGAAACUUAAAACAGAGUAUUGUAAGGUUAUGCAAGAAUAUAUUGAUCUAGGUCAUAUGGUUCAUGUAUCAGAUGGUCAUAAUCAAGGAUAUUAUAUGCCUCAUCAUACUGUUGUAAAGGCUUCUAGUACUACAACAAAAGUUCGUGUUGUCUUUAAUGCCUCAGCCAAAACUGAUAAAGCAACACGUACACUUCAUAAACUUGCUGAUGAUGAAGCUCAUAACUUUCCUAAAGCUUCAAGGAUAUUGAAACGUGAUUUCUAUGUUGAUAAUUUAUUAACUGGUGCUAAUUCUUUGAAUGAAAUUCUUCAGUUACGUGAUGAAUUAAUUCAACUAGUUAGAAAAGGAGGUUUUGAAUUGAGACAAUGGGCAUCCAAUCAUAAACAUGCUUUAGAUAAUUUUGAUCAAAGGACACUAGAUUUGGAUUGUGCUAUAAAUGAUGAUCCAGUUUCUAAAACUCUAGGUGUAGCUUGGAAUUCUCUUACAGAUAGUUUUAUUUUUACUGUCAAUCCUAUAGAUCCUUUAACUAAAAUAACAAAACGUACAAUUUUAUCUAAUAUUGCAAGGAUUUUUGAUCCUAUCGGUUUAUUAGGUCCUAUAGUUUUAGCUGCAAAAAUUAUAAUACAAGCAUGUUGGAAAUCUAAAGUUCAUUGGGAUGAAGCUGUCCCACCACAAUUACAUUUACAAUGGCUAAAAUUUUCAGAACAAUUACCUUACAUUAAAGAAUUUUCUAUUGAACGUAAUCUAAUUAUUCCAAAUCCUAUUAAUAUUGAAUUACAUGGUUUUUGUGAUGCUAGUCAGGUUGGUUAUGGCGCUUGUUUAUAUGUACGCUCAGUGGACCAAGAAGGACAGGUUGUUGUUAAGUUAGCUUGUUCAAAAUCCAGAGUUGCACCACUUAAAGGAAUAACUAUUCCUAAAUUAGAAUUAUGUGGUGCACAGUUACUUGCUCGCUUAUAUCGUGAUACAAUACCAGCCUUUGAUUUUUCUGUUUCUCGAAUAAUAUUUUGGUCUGAUUCUACCAUUGUACUUCAAUGGCUUCAAAGAUCACCUCAUUCUCUUAAGGUAUUUGAAGCCAAUCGGGUUUCAGAAAUUCAAUCUCUAGGAGAUAAAACUGAAUGGAGACAUGUUAGAACUAAAGAUAAUCCAGCCGAUUGUUUGUCUAGAGGUCAGUUGCCCUUUGAGUUUUUUAAUAAUCAAAUGUGGUUUGAAGGUCCAAUAUGGCUCUCUCAAGACCAAGAAAAUUGGCCAGUAUUAACACCAACAGUUUCUGAUAAUUUGCCUGGUAUUCGAAAGAAUGUUUGUUUACUUUCUAUUCCUAAUGAUACCUUAGAACGUUUUUCUUCUUACACUAAACUCUUAAAUAUUUGUUCAUAUUGGCUCCGUUAUCUUAAAAAUAAUCCAUUUAAAUAUAAAGCUUUAAGUGUAGAGGAAAAAUUAGAAACAGAAAUUAGAAUUUUAAAAAUAAUUCAAAGUGAACAAUUUUCUGCUGAAAUAGAACAAUUAAAGGAAACUGGUGAGACCAAAAAUUUACGUUUAAGAGGUCUUAAUCCAUUUAUUGACGAUAACGGUUUACUUAGAGUUGGUGGGCGUUUGAAACAUGCUCCAAUUUCAUUUACUAAAAAACAUCCAAUAUUAUUGCCUUCGCAUCAUCAUAUCACUGAUAUAAUUAUACGAGAAAUCCAUAAAAAUAAUUUUCAUUCAGGCAUACAAGGUACUUUAUCCAAUUUAAGACAUAAAUUUUGGAUAUUGGAUGGUAAAAACCAGGUAAGACAAAUUACACGCAAUUGUAUUGACUGUAUAAAAAAUCGACCUGUACCAUUACAUGGUAAAAUGGCAGAUUUACCUAGUUCUAGAGUCACUGAAUCAACCCCAUUUUCUCAUGUAGGUGUUGAUUAUUUUGGACCAUUGUUUAUUAAAGAACGUAAAUAUAGAAAUAGGACUACAAUCAAGGUUUAUGGUUGUGUCUUUAUUUGUAUGGCAACUAAAGCUGUACAUAUUGAAAUUGCCAGUGAUUUAACUUCUGAUGGUUUUCUGGGUGCCUUUGGACGAUUUAUAGGUCGUCGAGGUAUUCCUUCUAAUGUAUACUCAGAUAAUGGUACUAAUUUUAUUGGAGCAAAUAAUCAAUUACGUGAAUUAUACAAUUUAUUCACAUCUCAAUCACACCAGGAUUUAGUUAACCAAUAUGCAAUACAGAAAAACAUCAUUUGGCAUUUCAAUCCCCCCCUUUCACCUCAUUUUGGAGGUAUUUGGGAGGCUGCUGUUAAAUCAUUUAAACAUCAUUUUAAAAGAGUAGUAAAAGAUCAGCUGCUUACAUUUGAACAAUUAAAUUCUCUAGCGAUUCAAAUUGAAUCUAUUCUUAAUUCUCGUCCAUUAUGUUCUCUAUCAAGUGAUCCAAAUGAUCCUAUUGCAUUAACCCCCGCUCAUUGUCUAAUAGGACGCCCUCUCACAAUGCUACCGGAAAAUAAUUUUUUGAGUGUUCCAGAUAAUCGUCUCAGUGCAUGGCAGUUUAUAACUAAAGCAAAACAAGAUUUCUGGAAUCGAUGGUACCUAGAAUAUCUCCAUGAAUUACAAAUACGACAAAAAUGGCAUUCAUCAAAAGGUGAACUCAAACCAAAUCAGGUGGUGCUACUUAUGGAUAAAAAUCAACCAUGUAUGCGUUGGAAUCUGGGUAUCAUCGUUGAAACUUUUCCUGGAGAUGAUGGCGUUGCUCGAGUCGCUUCUAUCAAAACUACUCAAGGAAUAUUCAAAAGAAAUAUUACUCAAAUAUGUCCUUUACCUAUUAAUUGUUAA